CCGAAACCCUUUCUUUCGCAUCGACCUAGCCAAGCCCCCGUGCCAGACCCUAGAUCCGUUCGUAUUCACCAUUGGUUCUUCGCCUCAGCACCCAUCUUUGCUGCUUCUUUCUUCUUCUUUGGACGCGAUGGUUAAGUCUGGUUUGCGUUGAGAGCGCCUUCACCGUUGGAUUGUUGUAAAAUUUGGUCCAGUAGGUGGCUGCAAAAAAGUAAUGGACGGCGUCAAGCCAGUUGCUUCGGCUGAGCAAGGAGGUGCUGUUGAAGCUCGAUUUACAGAGUUCUGCAAGGUUUUCACGAAUGGGUUACAAUUGGAUGAGAGCACUUUCGCACAAGCUAUGAAGCUGUUUGAGGAAAGCAAUCACCUACUGUCUACUACAAGCCUGUCUGCAAUUGGGAAUGGGCCAGAAGAUUCUGAACGGUAUUGGUUUGCAUUCAUUUUGUAUUCCGUCAAGAGAUUGAGUGAAGGGACUGCAGAAAAUGUUCAGCAAGGGAAUGAUGAAAAUGGGUUUAAUUUGUGCCAGAUUUUGAGGGUUUCAAAGCUCAACAUUGUCGAUUUCUUCAAAGAGCUUCCACAGUUCAUCGUCAAGGUUGGUCCAAUUCUUGGAAAUCUAUAUGGCCCCGAUUGGGAGAAAAGGCUUGAGGCAAAGGAGUUGCAGGCCAAUUUUGUGCACUUGAGUAUUCUAAGCAAGUACUAUAAGCGUGCAUACCUGGAAUUCUUCUCCACAAGUGGUUCCAACCUUGAUAAGCAGUCGUCUGUUAUCAGUGCUUCAGGCUAUGUAUCAGACUAUCAUCGGUUUGGAUGGUUACUGUUUUUGGCGUUACGUGUUCACGCAUUUAGUCGAUUUAAGGACCUAGUGACUUGCACAAAUGGCUUGGUUUCUAUAUUGGCUAUCCUGAUACUUCACGUGCCUAUUUCCUUCAGAAGUUUCACUAUCAACAACUAUCCACGUUUUGUAUGUUGUUCAGUUAAGAAAGGCAAUAAAGGUAUGGAUCUGCUUGCAUCCCUUUGUGACAUUUAUGAGACAUCAGAAGAUGAAGUAAGAAAAACAAUGGAGCAGACCAACAAAGUAAUAGUCGAUAUCUUGAAGAAGAAACCUUGUUUGGCAUCAGAGUGUAAAUCUGAAAACUUAGCGAGUAUUGACCCAGAUGGUUUGGUUUAUUUUGAAGAUCUAAUGGACGAAUCAUCUUUAUCAUCCAGUAUAAAUAUUCUAGAGAAAGAUUAUGAUGCUGCAAUUCGUAAUAAGGGUGAACUGGAUGAGAGGGUAUUCAUUAAUGGGGAGGAUAGCUUACUUGGCUCAGGGAGUUUGUCUGGCGGUGCCAUGAGUAUAAGUGGUGCCAAGAGGAAAAUUGAUUCACUGGCCUCCCCAGCAAAGACAAUUACAAGUCCACUGUCUCCCAACCGCUCGCCUGGCAUUCUUGGUGGUGCUAACUCAAAGAUGGCACCGACACCUGUGACCACAGCUAUGACUACUGCAAAGUGGCUCCGGACGGUUAUUUCUCCGCUUCCAGCAAAGCCCUCUGCCGAACUGGAGCGAUUCCUAACAUCAUGUGACAAGGAUGUUACUAGUGAUGUGAUCCGCAGGGCUAACGUAAUAUUGGAGGCCAUUUUUCCAAGUAUUGCUUUUGGAGAGCGUUGUGUCACUGGAAGUGCGAGUCUGAUGGACAGCAUAUGGGCACAACAAAGAAGAAUGGAAGCAAUGAAGUUAUACUAUAGGGUGUUGGAAGCAAUGUGUACCGCUGAAGCUCAAGUUUUGCAUGCAAAUAAUUUAACCUCCUUAUUAACCAAUGAGAGGUUCCAUAGGUGUAUGCUUGCUUGUUCUGCAGAGCUGGUUUUGGCUACCCAUAAGACAGUUACAAUGUUGUUCCCUGCAGUGUUGGAGAGAACUGGCAUCACAGCUUUUGAUCUUAGCAAGGUGAUAGAAAGUUUCAUUAGACAUGAGGAGUCUCUUCCAAGGGAAUUGAGGCGUCAUCUUAAUUCCUUGGAAGAGCGACUUUUGGAAAGCAUGGUAUGGGAGAAGGGCUCCUCUAUGUAUAAUUCUUUGAUAGUUGCAAGGGCAGCCCUUUCCGCAGAAGUAAACCGGCUUGGAUUAUUAGCAGAACCUAUGCCAUCUUUGGAUGCUAUUUCCAUGCAUAUUAACGCUUCCUGUGGUGGCUUGCCUCCUGUGCCUUCUUUGCAGAAGCGUGAGAGUUCACCAGGUCAGAAUGGAGAUAUUCGGUCCCCAAAGAGAGUGUGCCCUGAUUAUCGAAGUGUGUUGGUGGAACGGAAUUCUUUUACGUCCCCAGUAAAGGAUCGCUUCCUGGCAUUAAAUAAUCUCAAGUCCAAGUUACCGCCUCCCCCCUUGCAAUCUGCAUUUGCAAGUCCAACACGGCCAAAUCCAGGACGCGAAGGGGAAACAUGUGCAGAAACUGGCAUCAAUAUAUUCUUUAGCAAGAUAAUAAAGUUAGCUGCUGUCAGAAUCAAUGGUAUGGUUGAGAGGCUACAACUGUCUCAACAGAUGCGAGAGAAUGUGUACUGUCUUUUCCAACAAAUCCUUAAUCGGCGAACGAGUCUCUUCUUUAACCGGCAUAUUGAUCAGAUCAUCCUCUGUUGUUUCUAUGGGCUUGCAAAGAUCUCUCAAAUGAACCUGACCUUCAGGGAAAUAAUUCACAACUACAGGAAGCAGCCACAAUGCAAGCCACAAAUUUUCCGUAGUGUGUUUGUUGAUUGGUCAUCAGCACGCCGCAAUGGAAAAACAGGGAAGGAACAUGUUGAUAUUAUCACAUUUUACAAUGAAAUUUUUAUUCCGGCUGUAAAGCCGCUGUUAAUGGAGAUUGGGCCUGGUGGUGGAACAACUACAAAAACUAACAGGGUUCCUGAAGUUAACAAUAACAAUGAUGCCCAAUGUCCUGAAUCACCAAAGAUUUCUCCUUUUCCAAGUCUUCCUGACAUGUCUCCGAAGAAAGUAUCCGCUGCACACAAUGUCUAUGUCUCCCCAUUGCGGUCAUCUAAGAUGGAUGCUUUAAUCUCACAUAGUUCUAAAAGUUACUAUGCUUGUGUUGGAGAGAGUACUCAUGCUUAUCAGAGCCCUUCAAAAGACCUAACUGCCAUUAAUAACCGUUUGAAUAGUACCCGGAAGCUCAGAGGCGCACUCAACUUCGACGAUGUCGAGGGUUUAGUUAGCGACUCCUUGGUGGCCAAAAGCCUGUACCUUCAAAAUGGGAGCUGUGCAUCCUCAUCAGGUGCACCGUUGAAAUUAGAGCAACCUGACACGUAGUUCCGUAGCUGUGCUUAUCUUUGAAUGUAAAUCCUAGUUUUCUUAAUUUGUCCUUCAUUUUAAUCUAUAUCUAUACAGGGGUAAAUUGUAUGAGCGGUGAGUUAUUGUAGAAUGGCCGCCACUAACCCCCCUCUGUUAUGAUGAUGUAUGAUCGAAGAAAAUUGGGUUAGUCCUAAUUAACUAACUAAAUAAAAUUUCUUUUUUCUUGUGA